UUGUGCGAAUGGUCGGUGUGUUCAUUCGGGCAAAGAGAGAACUAGAAUCACUAUGAAGGGCCUAAUCAUCCUUAUGGCUUGCCUCAUACUCUCGGAGGCAGCUAUCAGGGUUCCCCUGAUAAAGGGUAAGUCCAUCAAAGAGCGUCUGAGGGAGAAGGGCAUCCAUCUGCCCUACACUGAUCCAGCCCUUAAGUAUCAGCCCCCGGAGGUCCUGGCCACUUCCACUAUUGCUUCCAUGACCUAUGCUGAUUCAUACUACUUUGGCGUGAUCAGUGUAGGCACACCACCCCAGUCCUUCCAAGUGCUCUUCGACACAGGCUCUUCCAAUCUGUGGGUCAACUCUAAUUACUGCAGCACCCAGGCAUGCACGGCACAAACACAGUUCAACCCUCAGCAGUCCUCCACCUACCAGAGCACCAACCAAACCUUCUACCUGUCCUACGGAGCUGGAGCUCUCAAUGGCGUCUUUGGUUAUGAUACUGUCACUCUGGCUGGAAUCCAAGUCCCUAAUCAGGAGAUCGGUCUGAGCACUAACGAGCCAAGCCAGCCCUUCCUACAGGCUCCAUUUGAUGGAAUUCUUGGUCUGGCCUACCAAUCUAUUGCUGUUGGAAAUGCCAUGCCCCUCAUGGACAACAUGAUGCAGCAGGGUCUCCUCGAACAAAACCUGUUUGGGAUCUAUCUGAGCCCGGUUGGAGGGUCUGGCAGUGAGGCGGCUUUUGGUGCUGUGGACACCAACAUGUAUCAGGGUCAGAUCUCCUGGACACCAGUAACUGCUGAGACCUACUGGCAGAUUGGCAUUCAGGAGUUCCAGGUUUCAGGACAGCAGACUGGCUGGUGCUCUCAGUAUGGUGGUUGCCAGGCCAUUGUGGACACCGGUACCCCCAGCCUUACUGCCCCUAGCAACGUCAUGUCCUCUCUGAUGCAAUACAUUGGGGCUCAGCAGGACAGUUACGGCGAGUAUUUUGUGAACUGUAACAAUAUCAGCAGUCUCCCCACUCUGACCUUCACCAUCAGUGGAGUGGCUUUCCCUCUGGGUCCCUCUGCCUACAUCCAGAACCAGAGUGGCUACUGCACUGUUGACAUCACUCCCACCAACCUGCCCUCUCAGAACAACCAGCCUCUCUGGAUCUUCGGUGACGUCUUCCUCAGGGCCUACUACUCUGUGUUUGACCGUGCAAACAACCAGGUGGGCUUUGCCCAGGUUGCCUGAACACCACUAACAACACUCCAAAGAAAUCUCUAACAGAAGCUAUGGUCUCCACAGCUUCAUUAAUACCUGUAUCAAUUACAUGGAAAUUGUAAGAUCUCUGUAGUAGACUGCUAUUUAGUGGAAUCUCUUUUGUCUUUCCAUUUCAAGAUUGGCAGUUAAAAGAAAAUUGAAUAAAGUGUUUUGGUGUCAAAUUGUUUUCAACCUAAAAUAUCUUUCAAUUAAAAAAUAAAAUCAUGCACAAAUCAUCUCUA